AUACCUAGCUCUCGACCUUAUCUCUCAUCUCUGAACGUGUUAUUCCCCCGUCGAACAGUAGGACCCCUAGUAUCACCUGCCAUUCACAAUGGCUCCCGUUGCAACGUCCACCGUCAUAGACCCAACUGCCAACGGCAACAACGUUAGCAGCAAGCCGAAGGCCGUAGACGAUGAGGUACACCAUGAUCACUCGACGAUGAGUCAGCGUUCGCGGACUGCGUUCCCACGUCCGCCUAAGUUCGAGGGUAAACUGGAGGAAAGGGCGUACCUUAAGUUCCGCCUUGCACAGGCAUUUAGAAUCUUUGGAAAGCUGGGGUACGAUGAGGGUGUAGCAGGGCACAUCACUGUUAGAGAUCCGAUCAAGACCGAUUGCUUCUGGGUAAACCCCUUCGGUCUUCACUUCUCACUCAUUCAACCCGAAGACCUACUCCUCGUCGACCAUGCGGGGUCAAUCCUCGACGAAUCCGGGCCGUCGCAGCUCCUCAACACCGCCGCCUUUGCCAUACAUUCCGCAAUUCACACGGCACGCCCAGAUGUGCUAUGUGCAGCGCACUCUCACUCUAUCUAUGGACGUGCAUUCUCGACGCUGGGUAAAGAGCUGGACAUGAUUACUCAGGACUCGUGUGCGUUUUAUAAGGACCAUGCAGUAUAUAAACAGUUUAAUGGUGUUGUGCUUGCGGAGGAAGAGGGGGGGAGGAUUGCUGAAACUCUUCAGAACAAAAAGGCGAUUAUUCUUCAGAACCACGGUCUACUCGUCGCCACCGCCUCCAUCGAAGCAACCGUGCACUACUUCAUCGCACUCGAGAAAUCAUGCCAGGUCCAACUCUUAGCAGACGCUGCAGGCAAGACUGUCAAGAUCGGCGACGAAGAAGCUCUUGAUACCUACAAAACUGUCGGUACGCCAUAUGGUGGCUGGUUCAGUGGUCGACCUGCGUUCCAGAUUCUUGAGGCGAGUGAAGGCAAGCAGUUUGAGUUGAACAAGUAGGAAAAAGAAGCGAGAAAAAUUUAACGCUAAUGAAAAUGAGCUUGUGAUUGGUUAUGUUUUCGUUAUGGUAUUUAACCUUACUUCAAU